GUACCGGACCGGAAAGUCCAGGGAGGUGGCAUUGGCGGGAGGGUCGGAACCAUGGCGGCCAAGACGGCGGGUGGGGGUCGCUGGGAGGUGGUGAAGAAGGGGCGGCGGCCUGGGGCCGGCGGCAGCGGGCGAGGCGGCGGAGGGGACCGCCGGGCGCUCGGGGAGGCGAACGGAGUGUGGAAAUACGACCUGACUCCUCCAAUCCAGACAACAAGCACCCUUUACGAGCUGGGCUUUGAGAGAAUCAUGAAGAAGCAGAAUAAAGAGCAGGUGCCACCCCCUGCUGUGGAGCCUAAGAAACCAGGGAACAAGAAGCAGACUAAGAAGGUGGCGACCCUCACCAACCAAAACCAGAAGCAGGGCCGGUUCCGCAGCCUGGAGGAGGCGCUGAAAGCUUUGGACGUGGCAGCUCUGCAGAAAGAACUGGACAAGAGCCAGAGUGUGUUCGCUGGGAACCCAUCCGUGUGGCUGAAGGACCUGGCCAGCUAUCUCAACUACAAGCUCCAGGCGCCUCUAAGUGAACCCACCCUAAGCCAGCAUACUCACGAUUACCCCUACAGCCUGGUGAGCCGGGAGCUGCGUGGGAUCAUCCGAGGGCUCCUGGCAAAGGCAGCGGGUUCUCUGGAGCUCUUUUUUGACCACUGUCUGUUCACCAUGCUGCAAGAGCUGGAUAAGACGCCAGGGGAGUCGCUGCAUGGUUACCGUAUCUGUAUCCAGGCCAUUCUACAAGACAAGCCCAAGAUUGCCACCAUGAACCUGGGCAAGUUCCUGGAACUGCUGAGGUCCCACCAGAACCGACCAGCGAAGUGUCUGACCAUCAUGUGGGCCCUGGGUCAAGCCGGUUUUGCCAACCUCACCGAGGGACUGAAAGUGUGGUUGGGGAUCAUGCUGCCUGUCCUGGGCAUCAAGUCCCUGUCGCCCUUCGCCAUUGCAUACCUGGAUCGUCUGCUCCUGAUGCACCCCAACCUCACCAAGGGCUUUGGCAUGAUUGGCCCCAAGGACUUCUUCCCACUUCUGGACUUUGCCUAUAUGCCCAACAACUCCUUGACACCCAGCCUGCAGGAGCAGCUGUGUCAGCUCUACCCCCGACUGAAGGUGCUGGCAUUUGGGGCAAAGCCGGAAUCCACCCUGCAUACCUACUUCCCCUCCUUCCUGUCCAGAGCCACCCCUAAUUGCCCUUCUGAGAUGAAGAAAGAGCUCCUGAGCAGCCUGACAGAGUGCCUGACAGUGGACCCCCACAGUGCCAGCGUCUGGAGGCAGCUGUACCCCAAGCACUUGUCACAAUCCAGCUUGCUGCUGGAGCAUUUGCUCAAGUCCUGGGAGCAGAUUCCCAAGAAGACAUGGAAGCCUUUGCAAGAAACCAUGCAAUCCUUCAAGCUUACCAACCAGGAGCUGCUAAAGAAAGGCAGCUAUAACAACCAAGAUGUCAUCAACUGUGACAAGGCCUGCAAGGGGCUGUUGCAGCAGCCUUGGGGCUACCGGCUGCCCUGGACACAGCUACUGCUGUUGAUGCUGAUCUUUGCCGUAGGUUUCCUGUACCACGACUUCCGGUCACACAGCUCUUUCCAGGCCUCCCUUUCUGGCCGGUUGCUUCAGUCAUCUGGUUUCUUGCCUGCUGGCCAACAAGCAUGUGCCAAGAUCUACUCCUACAGCCUGCAAGGCUACAGCUGGCUAGGGGAGACAUUGCCGGCCUGGGGCUCCCACCUGCUGACCGUGCUGAGGCCUAGCUUGCAGCUGGCCUGGGCCCACAUCAAUGCCGCAGUCAGCUUCCUUUCUGCCCACUGUGCCUCCCACCUUGCUUGUGUCCGUGACAGCCUCCUCAGUCUCUCCCAGAGGCUCCAGCUCCCUGAUUCCCUGAACCAGCUGCUCCAUUCUCUGGGGGAGCUGUUCCUGCUUCUCUACCAGAAAGUGCUGCUGCCACUGUGGCACAUGCUGCUUGAGGCCCUGGCCCAGGCCCAGGAGCACUGCCACGAGGCGUGCAGAGGUGAGGUGACCUGGAGCUGCGUGAAGACACAGUUCAGUGAGGCUGCCCACUGGACCUGGCUCUGUCUACAGGACAUCACAGUGGCUUUCUUGGACUGGGCACUUGCCAUGAUAUCCCAGCAAUAGCCCUGCCUCCUUGGCCGCUGGGGUCUGUCUGGAGCAGGUCAUCUGAGACUGCCGGGGGGCAGAGAGGGGCAGUUCUGUGUGGGGACUUUUUUUACUUGGUGCCUGAGUUCUGUCUCAUAGGCAAGUGGCCAGUUGCCUCUGCCCCAGUUCUGUCUUUGGUGGUGACUGAGCCCAGGGGUAUCUCAGUCUCCUACCCAUGAUUCCAAUGAACACGUUCCUGGCCCAAUUGCACUUAGCUCCCGGCCCCAGUCCUUGGGCUGGUAGCCUCUCUAGCCGCCUCUUGUCUUCUGUCCUCCACUUCCUUCCACCUCAUUCCUGAAGCUCCAAACAGCUCUUCUCCAAAACGGUGGGACUCCAGCGAGUGGCUCCUGCAUUCCUCUGACGAAUGAUUCUUGCUCCCAGACUAAGCACAUCAGGAAAAGGAAAGGGAUUCCCAGAAGAAUGCAGCAACAGCACAGUGGGCAUGGGCAACAGCACCUUCACCUCUACCCACAGCCUGGGUGUCGCUGUCAGGGGACCUGCAGGGCUGGGCAGGAAAAGCUCUCACCUCAAAACACCCAACUUCGGUCCUCCGACGCCCCUCCCUGCCCCCUCCAUGAUUCUACUUCCUCACUCUGCAUUCCCCUUCAGUGCUGAGGGGGUUCUGCCUCGAGGUUCAGCUCCUCUCCACUGCCCACCCUACCAUCUGUCUGGAGAGCAGAGCCCAGGUAGUAAAAUGCCUGGGCCCAGGGAACCUUCCCAGCACCCUGGUGAGACGACUCAGCGUCGGCUCCUGGAUAUGCCGACUCGGUGGAAUAAAGGACACAUGUUUGA